AUGGCUCCUGCUGGGCCCAAAAGCGGGAUCUUCGUUGGUCUGAACAAAGGCCACAUCGUUACCAAGCGUGAAUUGGCUCCUCGCCCGUCUGACCGCAAAGGGAAAACAAGCAAGAGGGUGCAUUUCGUGAGGAACCUGAUCAGGGAAGUUGCUGGUUUUGCUCCAUAUGAGAAGAGGAUCACUGAGCUUUUGAAGGUUGGUAAGGACAAGCGUGCUCUUAAGGUGGCCAAGAGGAAGUUGGGUACCCACAAGAGAGCUAAGAAGAAGAGAGAGGAGAUGUCCAACGUCCUCCGCAAGAUGAGGUCUGGUGGUGUUACUGAGAAGAAGAAGUGA